AAAAAUCGCUUAUCAGCGUGUACCACGGAGAAAUAGCUCUCGUAAUGGCCUGACGAUCGGCGUGUAGUCAACGAGACGGCGCCAUUUUUUUAACGUGUUUACGUUUUCAAUGCGCUAUUCGCACAUGAGCCAAUGGAAAUAUCCGUCUUAAAAUGCUUUGGUUAAAAAGUUGGGAUCUCGUAGUUUAUCGUGAUACCUGCCAGUUCGUCAAACACGUGAGGGCAUGGGCGCCAAAAGGCGAAUAUGGCCUUCCGAUGGGUCCGCAACAACAGCAGACGCCGGAUUCUGGAAUUGGUGGCGAUGAGAGUUUUCACACAGAUAACCUACCUCAUAGUGGCCUGAAUCAUGGCAGAUGAAGAAGAGCUGUGUGACUCAGUUUCAGAUAUUGAUACUCUCCUGGGUGAAUAUUUCGAGCAUAUGCAGGAAGGCCCUCAGCUACCACCCGACCUGGCUAACAAGAUAGAUGUUCCAAUAACCUAUGGACUGUAUACCAAAGCAUUACUGAGGCUGGAGACAAGAGGAAUCAACAUUCAGAACAAUUUGCCCCCUUUAUUAAAACUUUUUGACUCCACAAUUGAACUGCCUAACAAAAUCAGUAACCUUACUCGAAAAGUGAAAAAAUAUCUGAACAGUCAUCCGGACAGUCAAACAGAAAUUAUUUCAUCAAUAUACCCAUCUGAUGUGAAGGUUGCUGGCUUUUCUGAAGAUCAGCUACUAAACGGCUCACUGCCAAGGUGCACUCCAACUGUCGGACAUAUCCUCUCCUUGAGAUCAUUCAUACGUGUACGACAGUUAUCCUGGAAAUAUUUACACAAGUGGGUUAUCGAAAUGCUGGGACUAUCUCCAGAGGAUGUUGAUACCACUUCAUUGAUUAGCCAGUGUAAUAGGCUCUUCCUUCGCAAGAGGAAAAAGUCAUCGGCCAUUUUUUUAGAGGAGCAGUACCGUCCCCCUGUUUCUGUGCAGGUUGUUGAGCAGGCAGCUGGACAGACAUCGGAUCACAGUGACACAGAAAAUGAUGUUGUUGAACUGUAUCAAGACCUGAAACAGAAAUUAAAAGAAUUAUCUGAUACUUUAAAGAGUGCUUAUGACAAGAAUUGUGUUUUAGAGCACACAGUUUACAAACAAAACCAACGACUAUUUGAACUCACUAAAAUGGCAAAACAGCAUAAGAAACUGAAACAACAACUGAGUGAACUUCGAUCAUCUUUCUCAACCAGGAAUGUUAACAAACGAAUUGCAACCAGAGACAAACAUAUUGAAAAACUGUCUGCCAUUAAUGUUGAACUGAAUCGUGAAAAUAUGAAUUUGAAGGAAAGCCUGAACACAGCAGAGAGAAAAAAACUGAAUGCACAAAAGCAAGCUUCUCAUUACUACAACAGAUGUAUCAAACUUAAAGAAGAUGGAUUACGACCAGAUGCACUCUCUUUGGCUAAGAUUGAAGAGUUGGAAACAGAAAAUGAAACAUUGAAAGAGCAAAUUGAAGAUCUUGUAGACAAAACGACACAACUGGAAACAUUUUCUGGGAAUAGAUAUGAUGACAACAUUCGCCAAUGCUACAUAGAUUUAUUGUCCAUGGGUGUCAGUGUUGGAAGAUGCGAGUCUGUUGUUCGAUCAGUCCUUGGCAAUUUGACAAAUACAACAGUUGGAAGACUUCCUAGCAGAAGCACAGCAUCACUUUUACAAGUUGAAGCACAGAUAUUAUCAGAACAGCAAGCUCUGGAUGUUAUCCUUUCACAUGAGGACAGUACACUGCAUACAGACAACACUAAAAAGAAGGGACGAGAAUAUGCAGGCGUCCAAGUCUCUGUUCAGUCAGAAAAUCCUGUUUUUCUUGAUAUCGUGGAAAUGGUGAGUGGCAACACGGAAUCCGUUCUUGAUGCUCUGAAACUGACUCUGUCCCAUCUAGCUGAAAAUGUAGCUUCAACAACAGAGGAGAAAUCACUACUGGAGGCAAAACUACUUUUUGCACUGAAAAAUAUAAUGACUGAUCGGCAUAUUGUAAACAAAAAAAUCGUAAAAUCACUUGAAGAUUGGCGAUCCCAAAUGCUGCCUGAAAUUAUUUCAUCUGCUGAUAUAACAGAAGAAGAAAAGACCGACCUUGUCAACAUGAACAGUUUGUUCUGCGGUCUCCAUGUAAUUGUUAACAUGGCCACGGAAGCAAAGAAAGCGCUCAAACUAUACCAAGAUAGAAACAUUCCACGAGAGGACCUUGGGCCAGGGUUCAAUACAAACAAUUCUAGGUCAUAUGAUUUGAUAUAUCAAGUGUGCAAGGCUUUGACAACUGGACCUGAGAGGCAAUCUGACCAAAAGUCUGGAUAUGGGGAGGAGUUUGCUGUUCACAUGGAAGGCUUGAAAAAGGUUGUUAAGUUAGUUCCAUUUCUAGGUAACCGCUUCAAUAUUCUUUUUCAUGAUGCUGCUGCCACAUAUUUUCACAGGCAAGAUAUUGUAGAGUUUUUGAGAGGGGGUUACAUAUCAGACUCGAAUGAUAAACUGAACUUUCUUUUAAAAUGCAUCCUCGAACAAAUUCAAGUAGACCACAACCUUGCUGGAUGCAGAGCUCUGGGCAUUAUAGACAAAAUGAUUACUGGCCCUUUGUGGCGAAAGUUAAAUGAGGAAGGAAUGCACAUUCUGGACACCAAUCAAAUCUGGAAAGAGGUAACCAACUUCCUGGAUGAGUGCUCCAAUGAUUCCACGCCUAUGAUGAAUGGGAAAACAGUUUUCAGCGAAGAAUUACUUCAGAAAGAUGACGUUUACAAUAGUUUAUUUGAACCUGGAACACCACUUCUACAGAAACAUACUAAAUCUGUCCUAGAACUCACAUGUGCUAAUUUGGCUUCUCUGUGUAAACGGCAGCUUGCAGAUCAUCUGACUGGAUUCCUUCAUCAACCAUCUGACAAACUGUGGCAGGAGACAAAAUCUGCUCCAUUGACAAAUGUAGUAUCAGAGUCCGCAUUUGCUGAUCUUGACAGGUGUGUUCAGCAUGCACCACAAAAAAGCACGAUUGCAAAGGCAGCCCUAUCAUGUUUCCAGCGAAACAAAACAUCUGUUUAUCUUAAGAAGUUGAGCCUGGAAAAGAAGAGGAAAUAUUUUCAAAUUGCCCGUAGAAGAGCCCCUGUAAGAAAGAAAGCUGACAGAGACCGAUACAGAGACAUUAGAAGAAAGAAGUUAGAACUGAUGAGAGAGAAAAAGCUUCAGAAAGAAGAAAAGGAACGGAAGCAAAUGUGGCGAGAAGAACAACUCAGAGUGCGAAUCAGUGUGAAUGGUGGUAUCUGGAGGACAGAGGAAGAGCUGAAAGAGAAGAUGAAACAGAUACAGGGGAAAAUGAAAAGGAUGCAGGCAGUCAGAGAUCAGAUUACUUACAGGAUAAACCGGAGUAAAACAUCAAAUAAGAACCUAGGAAAAUUUACAGUGAACAAGAAGGAACUUACCAUUGAUGAACUUAGUCGAAAUCUUAUUUUGUUGAUCUGUGAGAAUGUGGACAUUGAAUUUCAUCUACAUGUACCAGACCACGUGAACAUCGAUCAGCAAAAAAACGCGUCGCGAAAACGCAGGCAUCAAGUUCCAGUUAACAGUAAUGCUGCUAAGAAACCUCGAGUUCCAGAACCGUUACCAUGUUUACAGUUUGCUUCUGGUUCUUAUGUUGCUGUUGCAUUUGAUACAGAAUGGUAUCCUGCUUUUGUGGAUUCUGUUGAUGAUGGCAUGAUGACUGUCCGUUUUCUUCACCGUCGAGGGGACAGUUUUAUUUGGCCUGAGCCCCCAGACCCUAGUGAUGGAAAACCAGUUCCGAGAGUGUUUGCAUUUGCUGAAGUAAAGUGUGAACCCAAAAACAUUAGACUUUGGUCUGUUGACAAUGUCAAGCAGAUUGACCAACUGUAUCUUGAUUUUAAAGAGGCCUACAUGAGUUAACAAUCAUUAUUAUACCGUAUGCAGUUUAUCUUUAGGAGACUUGCGCCACAUCCUGCACCCACGGUCAAAAGACUUGUCAGGUAGUUUUUUUGGUUUUGGAUGUUAAAAUCAACCUUUGGUGUAUUUGUUUUUGCAAUGUGUAUGAAAUAAGCUUUCAUUUGAUAUAUAACAAAGCAUAAAAAGUUCAUCGUCAAGUGAUUUGAAAUUUGGCGGCCAUAUUGGAUUUUGUCCGCCAUAUUGGAUUUUUGUCCGCCAUCUUGGUUAAUUACGCGAGCCCUAUUCUCUGUCUCUGAGGUUCACAUGUCUAUCAAAUGAUUGGUUGACUCCUGCAUAGAUUUGUUUUCAUUUUACUUCAUUGCCUUCAAGGUGUCUGAUUCCUGUGUAAAUAUUACGUAAUUGUAGGAGCAUAUUGAUAUGCAAAUUUAUGCAAAUGAACCCAUUUACGCUCGCCCAUGCCGAUUUUUCGAUUCAAAUUUGAAAUCGCAGCGAAAAAUUCAUAUAGGAAGUGAAUUUUCAUCAAAAUGGGAUUAAAAUUCAAAGAUAUCCAUCAAUUUUUCUUUUGUUUUUGUUAAUUUGUGGGGGUUUUUGGUGCCAUGGGCACAGUGUUACAGUAUGUAAGAAAAGUUCCAACAAAACGACUCAAAACUGAUGACAUAAUUGCCGCUACACAGAGAACUAUUCAACCGAUUUUCAAAAUUCAAACUGUUUUGUGUUUCUUAGAACCUCAUCUUGGUAAUGAGUGAAGUCAUUCAGUGAAAUAACAAAAAUAAAAUUUUUGCUGAAC